AUGGCAACACUCAAAGAUCUUGCAUCACCACAAUUGAACACUCAACCCUUGUGUAUUCAAUUGGAGGACGAAAUUGAGUUGAAAUCUACUUUGCUCAACUCAUUGCCCAAGUUCCAUGGUUUGGCAGGGGAAGAUCCAAACCGUCAUCUCCAAGAAUUCCACAUGGUACUUGUAAGUGUGAAACCAAUGGACGUUGAAACCUAUAAUGAUAUGCUUAGAGCAUUCCCAUUUUCUCUUAAGGAUAUGGCCAAGGAGUGGUUUUACAGUCUCCCAGCAGGUAGUAUUACUACAUGGAAUGGUAUGAAGAAACUCUUUCUUGAGAAGUACUUUCCCGCAUCCAAGGUAGCACAAAUCAGGAAAGAGAUAUGUGGCAUUGUUCAAAGAGCAGCAAGUGGUGGAGCUUUAGUUGACAAGACACCCGCACAAGCAAGAGCUUUGAUUGGGAAUAUGGCAUCUAAUUCGCAGCAAUUCUCCACCCGAUCAGAUACUCUUUUCAAGAAGGUGAAUGAGGUUGGUGAAGCUUCUCAAAUGGAACAAAGAAUGAGUAAUAUGGAGAGGAUGAUGCAACAAAUUUCUGCAGUGAUCGUUCCAUCGCAUGAAGGCAAUAUGGAGCACGCAAAUGCUAUGUACCAGAAUCAGCAAAGACCGAGAUAUGAUCUGUACUCCAACACAUACAAUUCGGGUUUGCGAGAUCAUCCAAAUUUCAUCUACGCCAACAAGCAAGCUGCAGCAAAUCCUACUUUCAAUCAACAAGGAGGCUACCAAUUUAUGCAAAGACCACAACAAGAAUCUCAAGGAACAAGUUUGAUCUUAUGA